AUGCUUUUGUUUCUUCUUCGUCAACCAGAAGCAAAAGCACUGUUAACUUUUGUUUCUUCAAUUGUUAUUUUAAUUCUUUCGGCUAAUUCCAUUCUUAUUCCAACUUGUAUUUGGACAUGGAUAUCUUCGAGUUUAAUAUAUAUUAUCCUCUACUUUAUUUUUGUUAUUGUACUUAUGCGAUGGUUUGCUCGUGGUGGACAAUAUUUAAAUAUUUAUACAACUAAAUUAGAUGGACAAACAUUUUUAAUUACUGGUGCUGCUGGUGGUAUCGGUAGAGCAACAGCAAUUGAAUUAGUAAAACGUGGUGCUCGAGUUAUACUUUUUGCUCGUUUUCAAAAUCUAACUAAUGCUAUUAAUGAUGUAAGAAAAUUUAGUCAAUUACCAAAUAAUGUUAUCGGUUAUCCAAUUGACUUAGCUGAUUUACAAUCAAUAAAAACAUGUGUUGAAGAAUUUAUGAAAAAUGAAAAUGAAAAUACAAAAAUUACAGCAUUGAUUAAUAAUGCCGGUGUUAUGGCAUGUCCAUAUACAAAAACUAAAGAUGGUUUUGAAUUACAAAUGGGUACAAAUCAUUUUGGUCAUUUUUAUUUUACACAACUUCUUUUACCUCGUCUUCAUUCAUCACGUAUUAUUAAUGUUUCUUCGGCUGGCCAUUUUAUGUGGCCAGUACCUUGUGAUGCAUUACAUUAUGAACAAAUGUGUAAUCCAAAUACAUAUAAUCCAUGGUCGGCUUAUUCAUUAAGUAAAACAGCAAAUAUUUUAUUUACACGUGAACUUCAACGACGUUAUUCUAUAUCGCAUAAUAUUUGUGCUUAUUCAUUACAUCCUGGAACUGUCAAUACACCAUUAGAUCGACAUUUACAUUUGCAUGAUUUGAUGCGUAAAUUAAGCAAACCAAUAAGAUAUAUAAUUUUUAAAUCACCAUUAGAAGGAGCACAAACAAUUCUUUAUUGUGCAUUAUCAAAUAAAGCUAGACCAGGUGAAUAUCAUGCUGAUUGUCAACCAACACCAGUAUGUCAUAAAUAUGCAAAAGAUGAUAAAUUAGCUCGAGUAUGGUGGGAUUAUUCAGAGAACAUUAUCAAUGAAAAACUCAAAGAAAUUUAA